CAAUAAUAUACAGUUAAAACAUAUAAAAUGCAAAAUUCAUUGUAAAAAUGUUUACUUGCUGCUGAUGAUAAAUACAGAGGUUCAAGUAAGGUCCAACAAAGUCCUUUCAUAAAUCAAAUCAGAUGUGGUUCUGACCCUGUCAAAAAUAUUUUAUGAUUGAGAUUCCUGUUCUCAGACGCAAUUUCCUGUGUUUGUGAAGUAAGGAGAACGAAAGAGACAGACAAUAAAUUUUCAGGAAAGAAGAAGAAGAAGCAGGAUACUGGAGGGUUUGUGCUUCAGUUAAAACUGCCACCCACACAUGACAAACGGGCUUGUUUGCCAACGCUCACUCUGAAGUGAGGAGCUCCUCUGCAGCUUGUCUGACUCUAUGAAAGGAUCCACUGAUGCAGAGCUGCUGCCUCCUCCUCCUCUACAGGCCUCAGAUGACUGCUUGUGUUCAGCUUGUGCUGGCUGCCACCCUGUGGAUGAUGCCUGGAGGCAUCAGUGCUUAUCGCAGCAGACGUAAACCAGCAAUUUCACCCAGAGAGAUGAAUGCCCUGCUGGAUUACCAUAACCGAGUCCGCUCUCAGGUCUUUCCUCCUGCUGCUAAUAUGGAGUACAUGCUGUGGGAUGAGGAACUUGCUAAGUCAGCUGAUUCAUGGGCUUCACGAUGCGUUUGGGAUCACAGUCCGACACAGGCCAUGAAAUACGUGGGUCAAAACCUGUCAGUCACUUCAGGAAGGUACCAGUCCAUCACAGAUCUGGUCAGGUCCUGGAACGAUGAGAGGCAUCACUUCUCCUACCCAAACAGGUGCAGUGGAUCAGUGUGCUCUCACUACACUCAGAUGGUGUGGGCGAGCACCACCAGAGUGGGAUGUGCUGUCAGGAAGUGCUCCAACAUGGACGUGUUCGGCAGCACCUGGAGGGAAGCAACGCUGCUGGUCUGCAACUACUUGAUAAAAGGAAACUGGGUGGGAGAAGCUCCGUAUAAGACUGGAAGGCCUUGUUCUGUCUGUCCACCCAGCUACGGAGGCUCCUGCUGGAGAAACCAGUGCACACUGAACAAAAAACCCAGGAGACUUUAACACAAGAAAGAAGCUAUUAACACAACACAGUGUUUUAAUUUUUAAACUGAAAAAAAAAAAAUGCACAACAGUUCCAGAUAUGACUCACAAAAGCUGUACAACAAGACAAUCUGGAUAAAUGACGCAUGUGUCCAGUUACCACUGUUACCAUUUGUACUGUAAAUACUUUAUUUACUGCAACACUUGAAUUUCUAUUCCAGUUACAAAAUAAUGUUAAAACUGUUAUUUCCUUUGACUUUCAGGAGCUUUGCACUGUUACAACCCGUUUAAUAAUAAUAAAAAAGCAGUUUUAUGCUACAAGUUGCUCAUUUUAGGCCUGAUAUACAUCUUUGAUUGUCUUUCUAAACUGUGAACUCGUUCCCACAGUAAAUGACAAUGCAUUUAUGGUUGCCCGUUUGCCUGACCGAACGUUAAUUAAGUUAUAAAUAACUGAUGAGGCUGUAUAUUCAGUACAAGUAAUCCGCUGUUCACCACUUGUGUUUAUUCACUGCAGCUGCAGGAAAUUUUCUGUCCUGCAUUUCACCUCAUUACAGCUCACCAUUUACCCAUCAGAGACUUUCUCUGUCAUAAACCCGAGCCUAAUGCAGCUUUUAUGGCCUAAAAUACGAGAGAAUCAGCUGUGCCUCCCAGUUCAACUGAUUUGUGGACACACACACACACACACACACACACACACACACACACACACACACACACACACACACCCAAACGUAAAACGUUUGAUACAGAAACCAGUCUCUCCCAAGCAAACAAAGUCCCUCACAAACAAGUAUAAAGAGCAGCUGAGAUCAGCACUUUGUUGACUGUAAUGAUUGUUUAUUUAGCAGCUCUAUUCAGAAAUGGAGAGUGGGUGUAAUUUUCUUUCUUUGUGGAAGGUGUUUCUCCUUACUCUACAUUUUUGUGCAGGUGUGGUUUUUACAGGUAAUUGCAUACACUGUUUUCAGCAUUUCAAUCAAUCAGUUUCCACUGAUACAAACAGAUGUUUGGAAAACACUGUUAUCCUCGCUGGAUGAAAUUUUCAUGAGAAUAUCCAUACCGCCUCGUGCCUGCAGACGAUUAGCAAGAGAAACUGAACUCGGAAGAAAGCAACAACAAAAUCCUUUUCCUAGUAAAGCUAAGCCUAUUAAAUUAACACAUUAUAUUUAAUCUGGCUCUUCUUUAGAUGCUGUUACACUUACUGUUUUUUACAUUUUAGGCGAUUUUAACUUAACAAGCAGUAUUAGUGUGUUAGUUAAUGAGCUUUAGAGGUGUCAGAGAGUGGAUUUUGCAAUCUUCAGCCAGAGUCUUAAACUAAGCAAAUGGAAAGUAUUAAUGUAUGUUUUUGAAGCUGGCCAAAGAAAAUAUGACAAAUUUCCCUAUGGUAGCAAAAAUGGUUGUUUGCAUGCAGCUGAAAAGUGCCAGCAGGAUAUAGAAUUAUCUAAAAAGGACGGCUCAUUUCCAAAUCAAAUGUACAGAUUUUAUCUCUUUUUAUCCAUCUAGAUUGUUUGGUGUGUGUCCCAGUUAGCUCAAGGAUGAAAACAUAACAUUUUGUGAGCCAUUUCAUUUGGGAAUUGUUCUCUGUCUACCAAACUAUACCUGUCAACCAACUGAAGCGUGGGCUUGCCAGACUUUACAGCUCCGGUGAGGGGAUGGCAUCCAUGUUUACACGCCAACCGUCUCACUUAGCAGAAGAAAGCCAGAGGAGGGUUUGUGACACUGUAA